AAAUACAAAUACUCAGAAGAAACUAUGUCUGCUCUUGGAGUUUCUUCCAAGUUAAGACAGCCAGCUGUAGGAUCAAAGCCAAUUCAUACAGCCCUACCUAUACCACAAGUUGGCAGGACUGUGUCACAACAGUAUCCGUCAAGGACUCUGGAGCAUACAAGGGCAGAUAAGUCAAUGAAUCCUUGUCAGCUCACAUUAAAAUCAUCUUGCGAUUUUGAAGAGAAGAAAACUUUCCAAGGAAAUGUCAAGGAUCCUGACGACAGAAAGAUUUACACCGACUGGGCAAAUCACUACCUAGCAAAGUCCGGCCAUAAACGGCUGAUCAAGGAUUUGCAACAGGACGUCGCAGACGGGGUGCUGCUUGCCGAAAUCAUCCAGAUCAUCGCAAAUGAGAAAGUUGAAGAUAUCAAUGGCUGUCCAAAGAGCCAAUCACAAAUGACUGAAAAUGUUGACGUCUGUCUAAACUUCCUAGCAGCAAGAGGAAUCAAUGUGCAAGGUCUCUCUGCAGAAGAAAUAAAGAAUGGAAAUCUGAAAGCCAUUUUGGGGCUGUUUUUCAGUCUAUCACGCUUCAAACAGCAACAGCAUCAGCAGCAGCAGUAUUAUCAGUCACUGGUGGAGCUUCAGCAGCACGUCAGUCACUCCUCCACACCUGCAGAGGGCAGUCAGCCAAAAACGCAACAAGAUAUGCAGUCCAGUCUGACAGCCAGAUAUGCAACUCAGUCUAAUCACAGUGGAAUUGCAACCAGUCAAAAAAAGGCUACUAGACUUCCAGGACCUUCCAGGGUGCCAGCUGCGGGCAGCAGUACCAAGGGUCAGGGAACAGCUAAUUUAAAUCGAAGAAGUCAGAGCUUUAAUAGCAUCGACAAAAAUAAACCACCUCAUUAUGCAAAUGGAAAUGAAAAAGAAUCACCUAAAGGCCCCCAGCAGCCAGCAGGCAUGAAUGGAAAUGUGCAAUACCCCACAAGCUCUGGUCAGCAAGUGGUCUCUGCCAUACCCUCUCCAAGUGCAAGUAAGCCUUGGCGCAGCAAAUCCAUGAAUGUUAAGCACAGUGCCACUAAUACCAUGUUAUCUGUAAAGCAGCCCAGCCCCGCAACCUCACCCACACCAUCUUCAGACAGAUUAAAGCCACCUCUAUCAGAAGGAGUUAAAACAUCAUCAUCGGGGCAAAAAUCAAUGCUUGAAAAGUUUAAACUGGUCAACACUAGGGUCGCUUUGAGAUCCCAGUCUUCAUCCAAUGAGGUCAUUAAAGAGGACGAGGCCUUAUUAGAAUGUGGGGAAAAUGAAGAUGGUUCAACAUUUAGCAGCCCUAAAGUGUCACCCAAAUUGACUCCCCCCAAAGCCGGAAGCAAAAGUAUCAGCAAUAAAAAGUGUUUGCCCCAACCGAAAGAAAAAGAAGACAAAAGCAAAGACAACAAAAGCAAAUCAAACAGUGAAAAAUCUGCUAAAGAAGAAAAAGAACAGACCUCUGAAGGAUCAAAAAAGAGUUCAAAAAUUGCAAGCUUGAUUCCCAAAGGAAAUAAAUCUGUCGCGGUUAAAAAGGAAAGUUUGAUACCUUUAUCUAGUGGGAUACCAAAACCUGGAUCAAAAGUGCCUGCAGCAAAGCAGACCACCCCUCCAGGUCCUGCAGUUGCAAAAGAGCCAGAAAAAAAUAGGACUACAAAAGGGAGCCAGACCCAGUCACCGCAAAAAAAUGUGUCAUGUGAGAAAGCAAGUACGCCCUCAGAAGCAAAGGUACCCACUUCGUCCACAAUCCAUCCUGCCUCAACAGGCACAGCUGGUGCUAGCGUCCAGUUCACAGGGAAUGGAGCCGUUCAGCUCCCUCAACAGCAGUACACACACCCCAAUACUGCUACCGUGGCACCUUUCAUCUACAGAGCGCACUCAGAAAAUGACAGCAGUGCUUUACCACCUGCUGACUCUUGUACUAGCCCCACCAAAAGUGAAUCAUCGUACAGUAAGACCGCCAAACAGUGCCUGGAGGAGAUAUCUGGAGAAGACCCAGAGACACGGAGAAUGAGAACUGUGAAGAAUAUUGCUGAUCUGAGACAAAACCUGGAAGAAACGAUGUCAAGUUUACGUGGGACUCAAAUAAGUCACAGCACACUGGAAACAACAUUUGAUAGCACUGUGACAACUGAAGUAAGUGGGAGAAGCUUACCAAGCCUAACAAGCCGCUCUUCUACAAUGACAUGGAGACUUGGCCAAAACAGUCCUAGACUACAAGCAGGCGAUGCUCCGUCUUUGGUUGGUGCUUAUCCUCGAAGUGGUACAGGACGCUUCAUACACACAGAUCCCUCACGUUUCAUGUACACCACUCCUCUACGCCGUGCUGCCGUAUCUCGUCUUGGAAACAUAGCACAAGUUGAAAUGGGUGAAAAAGGAACCCAUGAUCUUGAUAUAUCAUCAGAGGUGGAUGUGGGAGGAUACAUGAGUGAUGGAGACAUUCUUGGGAAGAGUCUUAGGACUGAUGAUAUCAAUAGCGGGUAUAUGACAGAUGGAGGUCUAAACCUGUACACCAGAAGUCUUAACCGAAUCCCCGACCUUGUCAAUUCUCGGGAUGUCAUCCAUAGAGGCGUGCAUGAUGUCACAGUGGAUGCAGACAGUUGGGAUGACAGUAGCUCUGCUAGCAGUGGCCUUAGUGACACCCUUGAUAAUCUCAGUACAGAUGAUUUAAAUACAACAUCUUCUGUCAGUUCCAAUAUGGUGUCUCCGAGAAAGAGUAGUCAAGCACAGUUGAAGACAGACUCUGAAAAGCGCUCAUUGGCAGAUCCUGAGUCAUGGUGCACUGAUGAGUUGAAGAAACAAGAGGAAGAAUAUGAACUGACAGCAGACAUGGGUGGCAAAUGGAAAGGCCAUCAGUCUGGGCUGUCUGAAGAGUCAGAAAAAGGUGGUCAAAAAUCUAUGUCCAUCUCUCAGACUGGUUCAUGGAGGAGAGGCAUGACAGCUCAAAUUGGGACCUCGUCAUCAAGACAUAAAUCUGGAAGCAGCUCGCUUAAAACACCAGGUAAAACAGAUGAUGUGAAAGCUUCUGAGAAAGUAAAAACACCCCUUAAAGGUGGAUCUCUCCAGCGCUCGCCUUCUGAUGCUGGUAAAAGCAGUGGUGAUGAAGGGAAAAAACCUCCUUCUGGAAUAGCAAGGCCCACUGCUACUGGGUCUUUUGGUUUCAAGAAGGCUGGUUCUUCUAACAUAACUGGAAGUGGAGUAACUAUAACAAGUGGAUCAGCAACGCUGGGGAAAAUGCCUAAAUCAGCUGCUAUUGGUGGAAAAGGAGCUGGGAGAAAAACAAGUUUUGAUGGCUCUCAGAAUCAAGAUGAUGGGGUCUUACUGGCAAAUACAAAGGCUGCCCUACAGUACCGUAGUUUACCUCGUCCUUCAAAGUCAAACACUAGCGGUAUUCCAGGCAGAGGUGGACAUAGGUCCAGCACAAGUAGUAUUGAUUCCAAUGUCAGUAGCAAAUCAGCAGGUCCUUCUGGCACCAAACUAAGAGAACCGUCCAAGAUUGGCUCUGGCCGUUCCAGCCCUGUCACCAUUAAUCAGACAGACAAGGAGAAGGAGAAAGUAGCAGUGUCAGAUUCAGAAAGUGUUUCCUUAUCAAGCUCUCCCAAAUCAAGUCCGACAUCAGCCAGUGCCUGUAAUACCCAAGGACUUAGACAGCCGGGAUCCAAAUAUCCUGAUAUCGCCUCUCCCACAUUUCGGAGGUUGUUUGGUGCAAAAGCCGGAAACAAAGCCUCUUCUGCUGCUAGUACUGAUGGUGUUAAGUCCACGGCUGUGGUGUCUAGUUCCAGUAACCCCUCUUUAGCCAGACAAGGCAGUUUGGAUUCUCCUUCAUCAGGUACAGGAAGCAUGGGGAGUGCCGGAGGACAAAGUGGCAGCAGCAGCCCUCUCUUCAACAAACCCACCGAGUUAACACCUGACGUUAUAAGUUUAGGGCAAUCUUUGGCCUCCAGUCCUGCAUCCGUUCAUUCCUUUGCUUCAGGUGGGCAAGUAUGGACAGCUAAUCUAAGCAGCUCUUCUGCUGGAAGCAAGGACACCCCCAGCUACCAGUCAAUGACAAGCCUCCACACCAGCUCAGAAUCUAUUGACUUGCCGCUAAGUCACCAUAGUUCACUUUCUGGCCUGACAACCAGUACCCAGGAACUUCAAAGCAUGCUUAUGAGGACGGGGAGUGUGAGGUCUACACUUUCAGAAAGGAGUUACCUUUACUUUAACAGUUUGCAUCUUGACCGAAAUACACUACCUAAAAAGGGACUAAGGUACACUCCAUCAUCUCGGCAGACAAGUCAGGAAGAAGGCAAGGAGUGGUUGCGAUCUCAUUCAACUGGAGGUUUACAAGACACAGGUAGCCAGUCUCCACUGGUCUCACCGUCAGGCAUAUCAUCUUCUGCAAAUGGAAAAUAUCAUUAUUCCAAUUUGGUAAGUCCAACCAACCUAUCACAGUUUAACAUUCCUGGCCCGAGCAUGAUGAGAUCGAACAGCAUUCCAGCCCAAGACACUUCCUUUGAGUUAUAUGAAGACUCCCAGCUGUGUGGAAGUGCCACUUCACUUGAGGACAGGCCAAGAGCAAUCAGCCACUCAGGUUCCUUCCGGGACAGCAUGGAGGAAGUACAUGGAUCUUCAUUAUCACUGGUUUCCAGCACAUCAUCACUUUAUUCUACGGCUGAAGAGAAGGCACAUUCCGAGCAAAUACAGAAACUGAGAAGAGAGUUAGUUGCUUCACAAGAAAAAGUUGCUACUCUAACAUCCCAGCUUUCAGCUAAUUCUCAUUUGGUGGCAGCUUUUGAAAAGAGCUUAGGAAAUAUGACUGGAAGACUGCAAAGCCUUACAAUGACAGCUGAACAAAAGGAAUCAGAACUAAUUGAGCUGAGAGAAACAAUUGAAAUGUUAAAGGCCCAGAAUUCUGCAGCCCAAGCUGCCAUCCAAGGAGCGCUCAAUGGCUCCAACCACUCUGACAAAGAUAUGCGGAUAAGAAGACAGCACUCCUCAGAAAGUGUUUCUAGUGUCAAUAGUGCUACAAGUCAUUCUAGUAUUGGCAGUGCCAAUGAUAUCGACUCCAAGAAAAAGAAGAAGAAAAAUUGGUUGCGAAGUUCUUUCAAACAAGCUUUUGGCAAGAAAAAGUCAAACAAACCAUCUUCACAUUCAGACAUUGAAGAACUUACUGAUUCAUCUGUGCCAUCAUCACCGAAAUUACAGCAUAAUUCACAUGAUGCAGGAUCGUCCUCAAUGAAAGGAUCGCAGUCCAGCUCAGAGAUAUGUGAAUGCACGGAGGCUGAAGCCGAAAUUAUCUUGCAGUUAAAGGGCGAGCUGAGAGAGAAGGAGCUGAAGCUAACAGACAUACGCCUGGAGGCUCUUAGCUCAGCACAUCACCUUGACCAAAUCAGGGAAGCAAUGAACCGAAUGCAGAAUGAGAUCGAAAUACUGAAAGCCGAGAAUGAUAGGUUAAAGGCAGAAACCAGCACUCCAGGAAAAAUGGCAAGGCCUUCCUCUGAAUCUUCAAGCAGUACUUCCUCUUCUUCUUCAAGACAGUCGCUAGGGCUUUCUCUAAAUAACUUGAACAUUGCAGAAACGGUUUCAACGGAUAUAAUAUUGGAGGAUAUUCGGGACGGCACAUUCCUUAAGGAAGGACGCAGUGUUAAAAUUGUCAUCUCCAUUAAUAAAGGAUAUGGGCGGUCAAAGGAUGCAAAAAGCAACUUAUAUUUAAUAGGAUCAAUAGGAGUGAGUGGGAAGACCAAAUGGGAUGUUCUAGAUGCGGUUAUCAAACGUCUCUUUAAGGAGUACAUUUACCGUGUGGAUCCUGCUGCUAAUUUAGGCUUAACCUCUGAUUCAAUCACCAGUUACUGUAUAGGUGAUUUGGUUAGAGGAAAUAAUACAGAAGUGCCUGAAAUGUUACCCUGCGGUUACUUAGUAGGAGACAAUAACAUAAUCACUGUGAACCUUAAAGGUGUAGAAGAAAACAGUUUAGACAGUUUUGUGUUUGAUACCCUCAUUCCGAAACCAAUUAGUCAGCGUUACUUUAAUUUACUGAUGGAACACCACAGGAUUAUAUUAUCUGGACCCAGCGGCACAGGAAAAACAUAUCUGGCUAACAGACUAGCUGAAUAUGUGAUAAAUAAAAGUGGCAGGAAGAAAAUUGAGGAAGCAAUUGCAACCUUUAAUGUGGACCACAAAUCAAGCAAAGAAUUGCGGCAGUACCUUGCCAGUCUUGCGGACCAGUGCAGUGCUGAUAAUGACAAAGACCUCCCACUGGUGGUAAUCCUGGAUAAUCUUCAUCAUAUUGGAUCCCUGAGUGACAUAUUCAAUGGAUUUCUGAACUGCAAGUACAGUAAAUGCCCAUAUAUUAUUGGGACAAUGAAUCAAAGUAUUUCUUCCUCGCCGAAUUUAGAGUUACACCACAAUUUCAGGUGGGUUCUAUGUGCUAACCAUACUGAUCCAGUUAAAGGAUUUCUUGGAAGGUACUUGAGAAGGAAAUUGAUUGAAACAGAGAUAGAAAAAAAUAUGAGAAACAAUGAACUUGUCAAAAUCAUCGAGUGGAUUCCAAAGGCAUGGCAUCAUCUCAAUAGCUUUUUGGAAACACACAGUUCCUCUGAUGUGACUAUUGGACCUCGCCUUUUUCUUUCUUGCCCAAUGGAUGUGGAUGGGGCUAGAGUAUGGUAUACAGAUCUCUGGAACUAUUCAGUAAUUCCAUAUCUGCUAGAGGCCGUGAGAGAAGGACUUCAGAUGUUUGGAAAAAGAGCCCCCUGGGAAGAUCCAUCCAAGUGGGUAUUAGACACAUUCCCCUGGAACAGCACUACAUUGCAGCAUGACUGUCCAGCCUUGCUACAGCUUAGGCCAGAAGAUGUAGGAUAUGAUGGGUAUGCCACUGCCAAAGAGGGAACUUCUUCCAAAAGUGUUUCUGAGAGUGAAAAAGAAGGCGAUCCAUUGAUGAGCAUGUUAAUGCGGCUCCAAGAAGCAGCCAAUUUCUCAAGUGCACAAAGCUGUGACAGUGAUAGCACAAGCCACCAUGAUGACAUAUUGGAUCCUUCUCUUGAAUCAACUCUCUAGAGAAGCAAUCACAGAAGGCAAAAGUCAUUUUUAGAUCACUGCCUCUCCAAAUGCAGCACACGUGGGCUUCAGUGUGAAGAGAAGGUGCUGGUAGGCAGAUGAGUCGUUUCUGAAAAGGUGGAAAAUCAAAGCGUAGAGCUUGAAUGAAUUUAAUUUCAGAUCAUUUUAACAUCAGCCGACUAGAGAGUGUCUCCAUUAGUCAACUGGAAAGGGCCCAAGACAGAGGGCAAGCGAGCAGAUUGCACAUUUGUUAGCCAAACUGGAAUUACUUUGUUUUUGGUUUAUAAAACGUUUACAGCACAGAUGUGUGUAUAAUGUGUUAUUUUGUUUUAUUAUAUACUGUAUCAAUAGUUGAGUGUUUUUAAUUCACUUCAAACCUCUGAUGUACUGCGUAGUGCAGGUCACAUGGCAACAUUAGCGUGAUUGUUGUGUACAGCCUCCAUACUAGAUCAAAAUGAAUGAUCCUCAGAAAAAUAAAAAGCACACAAUGUAUUGUGCAGCUACCAGAAAAUCUACUGUGAUAUACUGGAAAAAGUGCCAAUUUAAAUUCAGAACUGCCAUGCUCACAAUGAGGAACUCACUCGGUCAUAACACGAUUGAUCAACCACCUGCCCACCCACCUAAACCAUUUUAUAUGAAGUAUUAACGAUUCAAGGCUUUCUUUUAAAUUUCACACGUCUGAGUCUAGUGAGUUAAGAAAGAAUAACAUUUCUAUGGUGCUCUCUCACUGCCUUAAAAAGUAUAUCUCAUAGUAUUACAGUCAAAACCAUUGAUGUCAUAUGCUGCAUUUAUUUGACAUUUACCAUGAAAUGUGACGCUUAGCACAGUAACCACGCAUUUCGCUUGAUUUUGCGGUGGUUUUAUCAAGAAACAGCAAUUACGACGCGAUGUGGAAUUAUUUUCUUCUUGUUAGUGUAUUUAUUUUGUUAAUCUUAGAAAUACAGGUAAAAUAGCACAUUUUUACAAUCACUUCACAAUGGAAACAGGUGGUUUUAAAUAGAAUUCCCUUUUUUUUUCUUAAGCAUUCUCAAAGUAUAAAUGUUUUAAAUGAAUUACCAGCAGAGCUGGGAGCACUUGACAAAGCAUGAGCACAAAUAUUUUAUUUUUCUUUCCUCCCCUCCUCCUUGCGAUUUUAGGCAUGUUUAAAUUUCUCCUCUUGUAAAUGGGGUUCUGCGGUGUCAAAUACAAAUGAAGCAGUGUAGAGUUUUUAUUAUUAAAUGGGUUGGUUUUGCACAGUCUACUGGGUGGGUGUUGUAAAUAAUUAGCAAUGACGAGACUAAAAAUGCCUUGCACCAGUUCAAUACGAUCAAAAAAAACAAA